AAACGUUUAGCUAUGGAUGGUGCAAGAAGUAUAGCAACAGAUGGUUUCGUUUUUGCGAGGACUUAGGACACUAAAUAAUUGAGGGGUCUUCAGGUUGGGCUUUUUUAUGUACAGAAAUAAUAUUUGAUUUGAAUGAGUGGUUCGCGGAGACAGCGUCUUGCAGAUGAGGCAAGCGCAGGAAAGCCGCGAAAGAGAGGUCACAAUUUAAUCCAGUUGUCCAAAGCCCUUUCUUAUAUUCUUCGUCAUGGUGCUUCGAAAGAGGGUUUGCAAAUGUCUGAAGGAUUUGUCUUUGUUGAUGAGCUGUUAAAAUUACAACAAUUGAAAAGGUAUUCUGAGAGUGACAUCAAAAAAGUUGUUGAUGAGAAUGACAAGAAGAGGUUUGCCCUAAGACUUGAUGCAGCCACAAACAGGCUGCAAAUCGUUGAUGAUCUUGAACUGGAUCCCAUCACAGAUCACUCUGAUGCACCAGUUGUUGUCCAUGGCACCUACAGUGAGUGUUGGGAGCUAAUAAAAUCUCAGGGUUUGUCAAGAAUGAGCAGAAAUCAUAUUCAUUUUGCAACAGGAGAACCAGGAGAAGAGGGAGUCAUCAGUGGAAUGCGUUCGAGCUGUCAAAUCCUGGUGUUUAUCAACCUCAAAAAGGCCUUAAGCGAUGGCUUCAGAUUUUAUCUAUCAGCCAACAAUGUGAUUCUUUGUCCUGGUAAUGAACAAGGAUUUCUCCCACCUCAAUACUUUGAAAAGGUUGUACAGACUAAACCCAAAAGACAACUACUUCUUUCUGCCAACUGAUCAUAAAAUGUACUAUAAUUAUUCAUUAUGAAAGUAUAUGUUAAGAUGAAACAAACAAAGUUUGUGAUUAAAAUAUUUCUUUGGUUUGAACUUUUUAAAAAGCAAAGAAAAUGUACAUGUAAACCACAAGGUAUGUUGUACAUGUAUGUGUUGGUGAAUAAAAAGAGAUACCAGUCAUAA